UCUCUCUUUUUCUCUCCAUCCCCCAACUCCUCCUCUCACAUCCUUUCUCAUACUAUCUCUUCCUUUUUCCAAACAGCUGAUUUGCGAGGGCGAGAAAGACGCCAUCAGAUAAAGCAACUGGAAUUAAAAAGAUGCGUCGAGCAACGGAAUAUUUCACCUAGGUGCAUUUUAUCUGGAGUAUGUUCGUUUAGGUAACCAGCUGUUCUUGUACAUAAUCUUUGUUCAACAUUUUAUCGGACGUAGCCAUCUGCAUCGCUUGCUUCAGUUUAUUGCGGUGUAAACACGUCCGAGGCCGCGUAACUCUGUUUAUCUUUACAUUUUAGAGGCACUGCUCGCUUGCUGCUUUGUCUAAGCGAGGAGAUAUUGUAAAAUAUAGGUCAGAUGAAAUGGUAACAGUUGCAGCUUAGCCAUCUGAGCUCGCUGGGUCUUAAAAUGGCAACAGUAACAACCUAUCAGUUAGCAAGCUAAAACAAUCACUCGUAUUUUAUGCAGUUUUCGGCUAGCUUGCAACGUUUAAUUUACCCGAAGUUAGUUAUGCCUUAGGUGGCUAGACAGAUUUGCGGUAACAAAUAGUUUGGUGCGGUAUGUAGCUCAAGCUGGUAUAUUGCUUUGGAAGCAGUUAACCUUGCUAGUAGACUAUAGCUAGCGGCAAACACAAGCUAGACGCCGGGAAAAUAAAACAAUGCAAUGGACAGUUUAAGCACGGAGGAUACGCUCGGCAAUGCUUCGUGCCCAAUUGCAGAUGCUCACUGGAGUAGUUGUGUUUAGUUGACUAAUUACAGUUUUAAAUUGCGUUUUUAUUUUAAUGUAUUUAUUUAGAUACAUAGCUAAUACUUUAAACACUUAAAUGAGUUGCGGUAUUUGCUUCUAUAUUCGUAUACAGCUAGCCGACCAAUCUGCUAGCUACUAGCUAGCUAGAUUUUAGGUAACGUUAUUGGUCUAACAAGCUGGGUCUCCUAGAAGACGGUGACUAGAUGGAACUAUUUUACUUUUUGUGGUGAUUUAUGUUUUUAUGGACGUCUUAUUUUAUAGGCAUGUUAUUUUAGCUACCUCAACAAGUGAGAUUGAUGCAUUCCUAACGUUAACGUAGCGUUAGCGGUGUAAUAUUGGGACUGUCUAUUGUUUACAUUCGUUGCGAUGGGCAUUAACUGCUAAAUAUUUAGCUCGGUAAUGUACAAAAACGUUAGUUAACUUGGCUAGCUGGCUAUAUAGCUAGCUGGCUAUACCGCUCAACCAUUUGAAAUACCUGUGAAAUGGCAUUCCACAGUGCGAGCAGGCAGUCUGUGUGCGGUAACGUGUUUCCCGGAGCUGAGAUAGGCCACAAGUAUUUCGGUGUUAACACUUCAGCUGGAGCUACCUCCACCGGCCUCGGUGCCACCCCGAACUCGAGUGGUCCUACAGCACCGGCAGGAACCCCCCGCCACCCGUCUGCCCUUGGCGGAAGCACCGGUGGGGGAGCUGCGGUUCCACAGCCCCAUAGCAACCCGGCCAGCGAGGUACCCAGUCCCGCGGAAAUGGAACCUGAUCGGCCAAUUGGCUAUGGAGCUUUUGGUGUGGUUUGGUCUGUGACGGAUCCCAGAGAUGGAAGGAAGGUCGCUCUGAAGAAGAUGCCCAAUGUCUUCCAGAACCUGGUCUCCUGCAAGAGGGUCUUCAGAGAACUUCGGAUGCUGUGCUUCUUCAAACAUGACAAUGUGCUCUCGGCCCUGGACAUCCUGCAGCCACCUCAGAUCGACUGCUUCGAGGAGAUAUACGUGAUCACCGAACUGAUGCAGAGCGACCUCCACAAAGUGAUCGUGUCUCCUCAGCCCCUCACCACCGACCACAUCAAGGUUUUCCUGUACCAGAUACUCAGAGGGCUGAAGUACCUGCAUUCUGCUGGAAUUCUGCACAGAGACAUUAAACCUGGAAACCUCCUCGUCAACAGCAACUGCCUGCUGAAGAUCUGCGAUUUCGGGCUGGCGCGGGUGGAGGAGCCGGACCCGUCCCGGCACAUGACCCAGGAGGUGGUGACGCAGUACUACCGGGCCCCCGAGGUCCUGAUGGGGAGCCGGCACUACGGGUCGGCCAUCGACGUCUGGUCCGUGGGCUGCAUCUUCGCCGAGCUGCUGGGCCGAAGGAUUCUGUUCCAGGCCCAAAGCCCCAUCCAGCAGCUGGACCUGAUCACCGACCUGCUGGGGACCCCGUCUCUCUCCGCCAUGGCGUCGGCCUGUGAGGGAGCCCGAGCGCACAUCCUGAGGGGCCCCCACAAACCGCCCUCGCUGUCUGUUCUGUACAUGCUGUCGGACGGGGCCACGCACGAGGCCGUCCACCUGCUGUGUCGCAUGCUGGUCUUCGAUCCGGCGAAGCGGAUCUCCGGGAGCGACGCGCUCUCGCACCCGUACCUGGACGAGGGGAGGCUGCGCUACCACACCUGCAUGUGCCAGUGCUGCUACUCGGUCUCCAGCGGCAGGGUGUACACCCGAGACUUCGAGCCGCCCGCCGAGCGGCCCUUCAGCCACAGCUACGAGCAGAGCCUGCUGUCCGUGUGGCAGGGCAAAGAGCUCAUUCACCGCUUCAUCACAGAGCACCAGCAGGGCAAGCGUGUGCCGCUCUGCAUCAACCCACAGAGCGCCGCCUUCAAGACCUUCAUCCGGUCCACUGCUUGGCAUUCCUCCAAAGUGUCUCGGAAAGAGGAGAGAUGAAAUUUGGGGGGGGGGGGGCGUCGUUGGAAUGGAACGCCAGGCUCAAAACGGGAGGUGCCGAAGAGGCCGAGCCUUGAAGUGGAUUAAAGUCAACACGAGGAUCACCUUGUAAAACAGGAAAUGAUGCGACGGAAAUGACACGCUAACCUCACGAUCAGUGGGGGAGGUACAAGGGCACAAAAAAAAUAUUGAACAUGCUGCUGAAAUUUAAGCUCCAAAUGUUAGGGAGAAUAACUUAAAUAAUUUAAAGAAAAAAUAACUACUGAUAAAUAUGGUCUUUUAUACUAAUAUUUCACUCAAGCCAGCUGGGAUAGGACUUAACCUCACUGACCCGUACUGAGUGUGGCACUGCAGUUUACUGUUCCGGAUCGUACUAUACACCAGUAUAGUACCAGCCCUAAGUACCGCUGUGUACUAUUCCAAAAUUGUAUUAAGCAGUGUACUCAGCUACAUAAUACAUUGCACUAUAAUAUAGAGCAGUAUAUUGCACCAUAUAUAAGUAUAUUGCACUGUGCUGUAGAGUCUCACGGUGGCAGUUUAGUACAGGAGAGGUCAUUGCAAUUGGUCCCCACCGGCCCCGCGCUGCUCAGCUGUCCGCGCUGUUCUCACUGCGCUAAGCCAAUGCUGCAAACUCAUCAGGUCUUUAUUCAGGCACCGAUCUUAUCUGAAGACCUGCUCUGUCCGUGUCCAGGAAGAGAACUAUGUAACGGGGGGGAAUCCAACCUUGGGUCUAAUAGGGUUUUGAAGGGAAAGAGAGCCAGAGCAGCAGUGUUUUCACUGACCCGUGUGUGGCCGUUUCUAACGCCGCUGGAGAGGACCGCGUAUUGACUAGUCGGCGCGAAGCGUUUAAGAGCCGGGCUUCCGUCGACACUGCCUCAGCGUUGACCAGGAUGUCGCGAGCCAGAACCGCGCUUUUAUUCACCAGCUCGCGCUUUCGAUCCCGUUUCCCUAUUUUUGCCGAUAUCGAAACGGGGAGAGAAGGCGAGUCGCGCUGGAUGUGUGUGGGUACCUACCGGCUCGUCGCGGGAGUGCCUGACGCUGGCUCGAAAGUUAACGCAGUUACGCUAACCGAAUGGGUUUUGCCAGUAGUACUGAAAGACCGUUUCUGCCAGCGUAAUUUAACACCCAAUAAACACUUCUGCUCUAGUAGGCUGGGCACGUGGCGAAAAGUAGUUUUUACCUGGGACUGGACAUUUUACUGUCAUUUCCCAGCUCUGUUUACUGUACAAAGCGCCUCUGGCUCCCAGAAAAAGCACAGGUCAUCGGUAGGCUACCUCAAAUGGGUCAGUGGGAACAGGGCUGCGGAGGCUUCUUGAAUCAUGGACAAAGCGGUCUACUGUACAAUAAGUUGGGUCCCCUUACUGUAUCUCAGUACAGUAAUUUGAUUUGGGAAAUUACACUUCUGUGCGGCGGUUGGUUCCAUUGAAUUGGGGUGUAUCGUGAGGUCCCAUCGUCCUGGAUUGGCGUUCGGCUGAUUUUUAGUUCAAGGACUUAAUUAUAAUUGGAUUCCGACCAUACUUUCAAUAUUUUGAAACGUAAUUUCACUUCAGUAGAGGUCCUGUAAUACAAGACCUGAUGUGUUUCAUUGCAUUUGAUGUUUUACCGAGCUAACGUGUGUUGAGCUGGGGUUGUCCAGGUGUGCGCAGUCGCGCUCACGUGUGUUUGCAGACGCUGUGUACCGGGGCGGGGAGGGGGAACGUACAGUGCUCGACCGCUGUGAAUUAUUUCAUUACCUCAAAACGCAAGGGAUCAAAAAAUAAGACUGGCCUGUGUGUAAGCCGUACGAUUAUGUACUGUACUGUGACGACACCAUUCUAGUCUACUGAACUACACUGUACUGUAACCUUUAUUACAUUCUUUUACUGGUAUUCACUCUUCCCUCGGCCUUCACUCUUCCCUCCCAUCGAUCUCUGCAUUCUGCAGAGAGAGAGAGAGAGAGAGAAAUGGGAGAAUGAAAGGGACAGUGAUUGGUGGGGUAUUCUGGGAAAUGCUGCUGUUUUGAUUUAUCAUUGGGAUUUGAGAGUUGAGGUUGCCCAUUUCAGAAUUAGGACUAGGCUUUGGCUUGUGGGUACCUGAAUAAUGUUGUAUCUGUUUAUAAAGAAGACAAAGUUAUCAAUGUAGGACUUGAAGUGAUCGGCUAGAUAUGCUGAAGCCUAGACUGUAAUUAGAUGGUGGGAAAAUGGGUGCGAGACAGGUCGCCAUGGACAGAAGCGAUGCACUGCGUUCACCACCAGAGGGUGCUAUGGGUAACGUUUACACGUAGUUGCUGCAAGUGCUUGAGCGGCAAGCUCAAGAAUGUUUCGCAAACGUAUCUGCAUGUUUAUUUAUGGAGCAAACACAUUCAACUGCAGUGCAAUGGAAGUUCUGACCUAUGAACCCUUGGGUGAAUAGUGAUCCAGUUUGAAUUAUUUUAGAUUUUGUUUCCUGUUUUUUAUUUUUUAUUUUUUAGAUUUUGUGUCUGUGGGUCGUGAUCAGUUUUUCUUUUUUGUUGUAUCGUUUUGAUAUUCUGUGUUUGUAAGUAAGAGUCUGAGCUCGACUGACGGAUGAGUGUGGUUUUGUAGGCUUGUCAUUUACUCUUAGUGCGCGUGCUGGGGUGAGUGUGAAAGGGUACUUUACGAGGAGGAUCGGGAGAGAUGUACAAACUGAAGUCACGGAGUGGACGAAAAUGUAGAAAAUCUUAGAUGUGAUGGGCAUUUCUUUCUUAUUAAAAAUGUAAUAUUUGUGUUGUUAUAAUGAACAUGAUUCCGAUAAUGAAUAAUAAUGUUUUAAUUGUCUUUGAUAUUUUGUGUUGCUAUUCAAAAAAUAAGUUUUGGCUUUUGUUUUUUCCAACAAAUACUUGAAUUUCUUAAAAAGAUGGGAGUGAAGUGGUAAAUAAAUGAUUAGACACUGGACUUAAACAA